CCGACCACACCCGAGUCCUGACGGUAACUUCCGUUCCUGGUAACGUCCGGUCCUGGUAACUUCCGGUCCUGUCCCCCUGAUAGCUGGGCUCACCUGUGAAGGGGAAGAUCCGAAACAACAGAAACCUGAAAACAGGUGAGACCGGAAAAGGCGGGUCUGUGGGAACAUACUGCAGAGGGGCACACACUGCUCGGAGAGUUGAAGGCAAUAAUUCAUAAAGAGGUUAAUCUGUGAGCGCAGGUGUGAUGGCCUCAGAGGAACAGCUCGGAACAGCAGGAGGGAGGCAACGGAGACGUAGCAGGGAGGAGCCUCCAUCAGUGUCUGAUCUCAGGCUGGUUCUGGUCGGGAAGACUGGAGUAGGAAAGAGCUCCAGUGGAAACACCAUCCUGGGAAGAGAUGCCUUCAGAGAAAUCUCCAGUCACUCGUCAGUGACUGCUGAAUGCUCCAAGAAGCAGGAAAAGGUGUUUAAGAAGAUGGUCUCUGUGGUUGACACUCCCGGCCUCUUUGACACAUUCCUGCCUGAAGACACCGUCAAGAGGGAGAUCUCCAAAUGCAUCAACAUGUCGGCCCCGGGGCCCCACGCCAUCCUGCUGGUCAUCAAGGUUGGACGCUUCACAGCAGAGGAAAGAGAUGCUGUGAAGAAAGUGGAGGAGAUCUUUGGAGAGGGUGCCUGGAGGUACACCAUCAUCCUCUUCACUCACGGAGAUGUAGUUGAGUCAGACUUUGAUGAGACUUUGGAGGAGGCAGGACCUGAGCUGCAGGAGGUCCUGAAGAAAGCUGGAAACAGGUACCACGUCUUCAACAACCUCAAAACCAACGAUCGUCGCCAAGUCCUGUUUCUGCUGGAGAAGGUGGAUAAGAUGGUGACUGACAACAGAGGAGAGUUUUACUCCAACUACACCUACCUGGAAGUUGAGGAAAUGCUGAAACGGAGAGAGUCAGAGCUCAGAGAGUUCUUCAAAAAGAAGCUGGAGGAUGAAAUUAAAGCUGUGGAGUCAGAGUACAAGAAGAAGCUGAUGGAGGCGCAGGAGGAGAAACAGCAGGUGGAGGAACAGAUGCAGUCUGAGCUGGAGGAGUUAAGGCGGUAUUAUCACACGUUAGAGAGCGGAGUCCGCCAGGUCGUGGAGCAGGUAGCCAAAGAUGACUGCUUUGAUGAAAUCCUCACCAAGUUUCACCAUACACUGAAACUGAACUGAGCUGUUUCUGACUCUUGAACAGAGCCUGCAUCAUCAGUUAUGGUGCUCUGUUCUUCACAUGGAUCAACAUACAAAACUCAGAAAAAGUCUUUACAACUAAAUUCAUAGACUUUCUUUCAGUCAGUACAGUAAUCACUGAUCACAGUCACAGAUCUAAAAUUGCUAAAAGUGAAGUAGUUCAGAUUCUGUACUACUGAAUUUGAAGCUCCAUUAACUUUUGGAAGUCAUGGAUUUCCCAUCUGUAAUAACGUAAAGUAAAUAAAUAAAUAAUGAUAAUAAAGUCAAUCAAACGGACCAAUACGGCAAGGCCGUGAAGAUACACUUGGUAAAGUAAAUCUGUUGGACAUCUUUCUUGUCCUUCAGACAAUAAUUCUGAUGGCUAAAGAACCAGGCAAAAAAAGGAAGUCAUGGAUUUCCUCUCCUACAGAGAGAAUGAGGACGAGCUUCUCUCCCCAGGCUAUUCAGGCCCUGAACCAGGUGUAGGACAGGACUGCUCUCUCAUACAUCCCGUCACCGCAUGUACCCUGUUCACUUGCACACUUCUUAUAAUUUCGUCUUAAAUUGUUAUUUGUACUCUUUUUUUUAACUGUAAAUUUCAAAGUUAAAAUCUCUAAAUUUUGUCUAAUCUGUAAAUUCUUACUAUCAUUUAAUGAUCAGGCAUUGCACAGCAAUAAGCAUUUCACCAUAUGUCGUACUGUGUAUGGUUGUGUGUGUCACAAAUAAAAUUUGAAUUUAUGCUGUC